CGCCUCUCAGGCCGCUUUGAAGACUCCGUUGCCCUCAUUUCUCGUGCUACACCCCGAGGAACGACGUGUGCAGCGUACUAAGCCAAAGCUACCUGCAUCCUUGCGACUCUCACUCAUAACUCCCUCGGGCGCCAGCAGAGCCGGAGCAUCCAACGCGCCAAUUCGCUCAGAACUGGGAGGAGGAGGAGGAGCUGGAGGAAGAGGGGAUUCCAAUUGAACACUGCGGCCUUCCCCAUCUUCUUGCUUCUAUAUGUCUUCACAGAACGCAGCACAGUCGAGCCGCAAACGUCCACGACCGGACGAUUUGGACGGCAACACCGAUGAGAGCGCGGUAGUCGAGCACCCUUCGCUCUACUACGAUGACGGCAAUGUCAUCCUCAGCUGCGAGAAUAUGUUAUUCCGCGCGCAUCGCUCGGUUCUGUCCAAGAAUUCGCCGGUACUGCGCGAGAUGCUCGAGACGAACGGGGAGGAAGACCGCAAGCCAGACGUCUUGCGUGGGUGUCUCCACAUCGCGCUGGACCAUACAAAGGAGGACGUAGAAACGUUGCUGAAGAUCGUGUACAAUGACCUUCGCGUGGAUCGCCUCGAAUUGGUCGCCGACGAGCUCUCAUUGGUGACAAGCAUAUUUCGCAUGUCCACGAAGUAUCGCAUCGAGCGCACCCUCACGGAGAUCUAUACUCUGAUCAGAGGGAAGUGGCCUGCCGAUCUGGAUGCGCAUGACGCAAAAAUUUUACUGGAGCAAAGGAACGGUCUCAGUCGAGUGCCCAGACUUUUCGGACUUAUUGGUGGUGGGGGUGGUCCAGCAACAAAUGUCCAGGGAGAUCCUACCGCUGGUGCGAAAGCCUCGCCGCUCAUCCACCCUGCUCGCAUCAUCAUAUUGCUCAGGGAAGACGGGUGCAACGACGUGGAGGUUCUGACACCUCUGUUCUAUGCAUUGACGUGCGCCGAAUUCAAGGUCGACGAAUACGCGAUUUCCACAGCAGGGCGGUGCUAUCCGUCCCAGCGGUGGACGGUUUCGGCCUUUCGGGCGAUCAUGUCGGUCAGUGCUUGCCGGGCAUGAGACUACUCUGGGCAGACUUAGGCAGAGCGUGGUGGGAAGACGGACGAAUGUUGGUGUCGUCGCGACAGCCUGUUGAGAUGUGGGGACGAAUAUUGAGAUGCAUCCCCACCCUGUGUACUAGUACCAGAUAUACCAUCUGCGGCGAAUGUUCUCCGAAGUUGACAACGAGGAUGCACGCCAUACAAAAGGGAUUGUGGUCGAAGCUUCCCUCAUACUUUGGGCUAAUUUAGCAGGGACUCUGGACACUUACUCAUCUUACUAUACUAAUGGGCCUUAUCACCUUGUCAUACUAUAGUGAUGCUACCUACUGCUGCACAACAUACCUAAUCUACGUUGAGUGCAUAUCACGUUC